AUGACAUCGAUAACCCAUUUGAUCAAGCAUUCCGAUACGAACUAUUCCUUUCGAACGCAUUUUGAUUUUGACGAUGGAAGUCCAUGCGUAGAUAUUGAUGAGUGCCUGGAUUCUUCCUGUAAUCCGCUAGCAACGUGUACUAAUCUGGACAGGCUGUGCCUUUCUUAUACUGUCUGCAAUGGAGUAACUACGUACGAAGCUACCCCCGGGACAACUGUGUCUGAUCGAGAAUGUGCCCCAGUCACUGAAUGUGAAGAAGAUGAAUAUGAGAAAACUGACAAGGCUGCGGGUGGCGCCCCGGUUUCUGUCUGCCUGAGUGACCAGUGCGAGAGCGGAUACCUUAACUCUAAUGGAAGUUUCGCAAGUGUCUGUGCCACUCCGGUCAUCUCAUGCGAUCCCGGCUUUACACUCGCCGUACCCUGCCUUUGGCUUGGAAUUUUCGUUGGAGUGUGUUUCGGCGAUAAUAGCGAACUUAAAGACUCGAAUGACCUUGGAGCCAAUUUGAAAGCCGGAACAAGAAAUCGGAUGAUGAGUAACAACCUGAUAGGACGAGAUGUAGUAUUCGGUGAUUUCAACCAGAUCGGAGACAACGUUGUGAUAAGCGAUGACGUAUCUGUUGGUAGCAACAUUACCAUCGAAUCUAAUACUGUCAUUGAUGAUGACACAACCUUGGAUAAUAAUAUAAGGAUUGGUGACGACUGCCUUUUGGAAGGCAACGUCCGUAUCGGUCGCGGCGUGAAUCUGGGUGAUGAAAUUGUUGUUGAAGAAGGGGUUGAGAUAGGUGAAGACGACUCCUACCAUGACGAGGGUCCACAGCGACGGACAGCCGUCCUACACCGGCCCGAUAGAAGGGCUUCAGCCGCAUCCAGACGGUUUAUGAGUAUCACCAGAGUGGGUUCAGCUAGUCGGAUCAAUGCUGGUGCGCGUAUCGCCAUUGGAGCUCAGCUGGGUAGGAACGUUACUUGUCGAGCGCGAGCGCUGAUUGGACCAAACUGUACGCUUGCUGAAAACACACGACAUCGCAAUGUUCUGCGCCGAGGAGUGGUCGUUCUAGAUAAUGUGAUUAUUGGAGACGAUGCAGACUUUGCGGAGGGCAGUAUCGCCAGUUUGCUUGCGUACACCAAUGAGGAGCGGUGGGAACUGGAAAAUGCCGGGUCCAAUAAUACUGAUAUGAUUGUUGCCGUUAUAGGUUCUCUCAUGGCCGUCAAAGCCCUGGCCAUCGGUUUGACAUUCGGUGUAAGAACUCAUUUGGAAGUCAAGAGGGCCAAAGAAUGGGCCAAUCGACCCCUGCCAAGUGCUUUGCUGAAUGUCGAUGUCUAUGGCGAACAGGGACAGACUGAGGAAAAUGUAGCUGUUAGAGUGUAUGAUGGUAGUCCUUGA